AUGGGCAUGAUGAGCACGAGCAGUAACAAACGCAAGUGCAACAUUGACAAUCUGCUCGAGGUAAGUACAUGAAGAUCCCUCGGAGCCGGCCACAAAUGGAAAAGGUCGGCACACCGGCUGGCUCAUUGCUCUUUUGAUGGGGGACUGGGUGAUGAUGAAAGGGUUCCGCGGCGGUGUUUUCUAUGGCGGACAUGUUUGCGGACUCAUUCAUGGUGGGCUACAUUAAUCGAAAUGUUUCGAAUGAAUAAACAGGAAGAUCCUGUUUGAGGGGGGUUACGGUAGGAAAGGUACUGACUUUUGAAGAAGUAUGUACACUUGAAGCAACGAAACCUAUGUGCUCCGUUCUAUUCUAAACCCUUCUCAUUUUCUGCCUAAUUACCCUCUCGAUUUCAGGCGAAACGCUCGCACAACUUGGCUCAAAUGCGACAAGAGCUGGCGUCACUAUGCGAUAAGAAGUCGGAAUUCUUGCGAGCACAGAAAAGGGCAUCUCUGUUUGUGGACACUCGUCGCGUCGCCGAACCGAGUGUCAUGAAUGAGUAAGAUAAGGGGAAAGUCUGUCUGGGGAGAGAGAGAGAGAGAGAGAGAGAGAGAGAGAGAGAAAGAGCAUCAUAAUAGUGUCUGGGCGCUUAUCAUCACGUACUGGGAGCCCGCAUCUUGCAGAUUCGCCACGUUCUUCAAGAAAGUGAACUCUUACCCGCUGGAAAACGCCGUCGAGCAGAAUGAGUUGAUUGAAGACGUCGUGAAAGAGUCCGUGGUGAUUGAAUGGCCGAGAACUUUUCCGGGAGUGUUUCCAGAACAACCAGAGACUGAUCUAGACUUUGCUCCGCUCAUUCACAGAGCCAGAAAUGUUGUAAAAUGUCGGACAAGCCAUCCGACGAUGCGAGUAAAGUAGGAGACUGACAACCGGAGCUGACACUCAGCAAAAUGAUUCCAGAAUCUACGCCAUCUCAGAAGCCAACGAGCUCACAUCUCCGCAAGUCGUCGAGACCUUCUACAGAGCGUCGCUGGUGAAACUGGGCGGAGAUCAGAUGGAUUCAAAGUUGCGGCAAGUGGCCGGAAAGAUGAUUUUGACGCAGAGAGAAGGAAUCGCGGCCACGAAGAACACGGAGCACAGCGGAGCCGUCGUGAACGCGGACGGAAAGCUACUGUGCUCACAGGUACGAGAAUUUGAUUUCAUUCGGAGCAAGAAUUUGACUUUUUCAGAGCUCCUGUCACGCUCAGAUAUUGCUCUUUGCCACCAAGUUGAAUGAGGAAAACGUUCGGACGACUUCUCUGAAAUAUGACAACGGAUUCCUUUGCGCUACGUUUCCAGAAAUGGUAAGGCGGGCGUUUUGAAGGGAUUACGGUAGGGUUCAUUUGCAGGGAGUCACUCUGAACUCGAUGGUCGACCGCCGCCAGCUCUCCACUCGCUACGCAAUCCAAGUGGAAGUGCACAUCAACAUUGACAACCGAAUCGUUGUUAUCCACGUAAGCUGGAGCACGUCUUCUUCGUCCAACUCUCAAUUUCAGUCCCUGGUAACUCAUCCCUUCCUGAUUGCAAUCACAAACGAUCAAACCGAACCGUUGCUCCAAUCGAUUUUCUGGCACAGGCUGCUAAAUUGUGAUCAGCAUGUAAGCUCAGCUAUCUGUCAUCGUGGCCGUGGCCUAGUUUCUCUUCUUCUAGGAUCCAUCGGACUACUUUCCCGAGAAGAGCCAACUGGAUUGGGGCACUCUUCGUCAGGCCCUCCGAGCAUUCAUCAAGGCGCAAAUCCCGCAGGCUCGUUUCCUGACAGACUAUGAGCUCCGCCACGUGCAGACGAUGCUCCUGCUCCCCCGAAUCUUGCGAUGUGGCAGUCGGAACGAGCUCCAGCUGCUGGAGAUCAACCUGUUCGGAGCUGUAGAACCACAAGAACGGGACCUUCACGAAGAGAUGAAAAAACUGAGAAAUCGGCUGCUCUCCGAACCCGUUUUGGACUCGUUUCUGGUGGAAAGAAGAGAGUUGAUCGUGGAGAAAUGCGUCUCGAUUCUCGAUAUGAGCACAGAAUUGACACACACAACGUGGCAGUGGCUCUAUAAAACAUCGGAAAUGAUUCAAGACGUCGGACACAAGAUGUGUCCAUCUCCUGUAUGUGAUAAGAAGUCGUCGAAGACUAAGAAGCAGAUGGCCGCCUCGGAAGACUAUCAGACUAUUAUCAGUCUGUUCAAUAAAGGGUUUGAACGCUCUUAAUCUAUUCAUUUCCAAAUACUCGUGUUUUGUAGAUUCAUCACAUUCUGCUCAACCCAAAAAGCCGGCGAAUCCUACUCGAGCUCCGAAAGAUCUAUGCUCUUGAGAUUCUGCGAUGAAAACGCCGGUCACUUCUCGAUAUGUUAUGGAAUUGAAAACGGAAAACCAAAGAUUGGCUCGAUUUCAGCGGAGCAAGUGAAAGAUUUCAAGCAGGGACUUCCGGAGAUGCUCAUCGACGAGCGUUAUCCGUCAAAAUAUCCGAAUCUGAUUAGAAUGUCAAUGGACGAGGAGUACGAGGGAAUUCCGGCGAUUUUGGUGCCGAAGAGAGAAGUAUUUCACAAUUAUAAAACUGAACGGAGAGCCGUGGAGAGUGUGUCGAUUAUGGACGACGAGACGAGUCGCGUGGACGUGCUCAGCGGCGCUCUCCUCGCCCGACAGAGUCCUUCCCCGCAAAGUUUGAACUUGAGCUCUUCCUUUGAUUUUAGCUCAUUAGCAGCGAGUGAGCACAGAGUACGAUAGGGCGCACUUGCAACCUCUGAGUUUCAGGCAAUCCACAACUGGCUCAGUCCAUCUUUCCGUUGCUGCAAAGCGUGACCGGCUCCAUCUCCAUCGAUCACCUCGAUUUGAACUCAGUGCUCAAGAAUCUCUGCUCCCACUCGCCGCACACUCAGGACGACCACUCGGACACUUCUGGAGACGAGCCUGCCACGACAUCCAUCGCUUCUUUGCUGCAGAACGCCGAAGUGCACACGGAAGACGACGAAGAAGUGGAGGAACGGUCGGGACUCGCGGAACUUCUCAUGAGACACUUCCACCAGUAGUCCCACGCAGUUGUUCUCAGGAAAAAAGGCGCUGACGUCUCUUUUGGCGAAGACACAGGCGUCGGUGCCGAAUUUACGCUCAUUUGACGCCGAGCCUUUGCCGGUGGUGCCGAAAAAAUGUCGGAGCCUUUUUUUCCUGAGUUGUUGUUGUUGUUUGUUAAGAGGAGGCCGUGGCCUAGCUUUAUCUCAUUUGUACAUGUUCGAAUUAGUCUUUCCUUCGUUCGCCCCUUCCGUUUUUCUUUCUUUUCGUCUCGAAAUUAAUUCUUCCACGGUUAGUUGUUUGAGUGUAAUAAACGAAAAAGCAUUGGCCUGCUUUCCCGCUCAAAUCCGGCAGGCAGCUCACACAAAAGGGAGAGAUUAUCAAUAUGAAAAGAUAGAAAACUCCGCAUCAAUUACGGGUCCAUUCUUUCUUUCCAGCGCAAGCCCCGCCUCUCCGAUGACAAAGAAGCUCACCGUCAUCCUCCGAGCCGCCCGUCUCCGUCUUCUUCGCUAAUCUCACUGCUCGUCUUCUUGUCAACCGACGGAUUAUUCAUAAUUUAGUUGAUAUUGAUAUAAUAUAGAGGCGAGAAGAAGAGGAGGAGAGAAGCAGAAGGAGGAGACGUCUCCCGGAUGGACAUGCACGUCGCGAUUCCGCCGCCGCUUCUAAUAGACGCCGCCAUGGAAGCACCCGGAACGCCGCCGAACAUGCCCGGAAAGGCUCAAAAAGUGACGGUGAGUUCUGAACAGUGUAAAUCGGACAGUAGGUUCUCUCUGAACUUUGAGCUCUUCUUGAUAUGAAUGCCAGAGAUAUGUGGAAUCUGUAUUCCGCAUUCCAAAUGAUCCUCACCUAGGAAAAGGCGUUUCGAGUAAUGUUACGCGCGAAAAUAUCCAAAUUUUUUCAUUUGAACCCCAAAAAUAUGAUUCCGCUCUUCCGCGGAUCAAAAGUACUGAAAGACCACAAACUUUCCAAACUUUUCAGAUAAAACGUCGUCGCGAGAGCAUCGCUACCCGUGCUCGAGAGUUCCUCUCCGCUGUUGUCAAGGGAAACUUGUUGGAGGUGUCCAGAAAAAUGUCUCCACAAGCAUUGAAGGUGAGUAAAGGUCUGAACUCUGAAUUUCGAGCCCCAUUACUCAUCAGAUCGCCCACCCCAACACCGGAAGCGUCGCGCUUAUCCUGGCCGUCCUCAACGGACACACUUCCAUUGUGGAAGCCAUUCUGGAGUACUCGCUUAACACCCUCAACAUGCACGACAACGUACGUCACUAACAGAGACACACUUUCGACAUCACCCCCCUACAAAUCCGUUUUCAGGACGGACGCACGGCUCUGCACUACGCCGCCGCGUUGUACGGCCUCCGACAAGAUCCGACGCUCUACUUUUACUUGAUGGAAAAGGGCGCCAAGGAUAAUCUGGUUGACUCGGAGGGGUUCACCGCGCAGGAUGUACGCAAUAAUCCCGGAUUGAUUGAUCUGGACAGGGCCAGAUACGCAAACGUUUGUGAGUGGCGCGGAAGGACGAUGACGAUGAUGAGCUGAAAACUGAAAUAGAGGGGAAGGGAUGAUGUGAUUGAACUUCCGGUCUUUCGGUUAUUUUAGUCUAGGUCAUCAAAUAUCUCUUCACAUUGGUUGAGCUCUGAACUCACUGGACGCACUUUUAGACCCCGUGCCCCGAGAAACCGAAUGGGAGAUCCGAUUCGCCACGAAAACGCCCGAGGACUUCACCAACGACAUCAUCAACGGCCAAAUCGACAUGACCCACGUGCCGAACAUCCCGGAGCACUUGGAGCUUAUCGGGCAUCUCACGAACCUUCAAGCCCAAGUUCUGGGCAUUUGGGACGCCGUGGCCGCAGAAGACGAGCGCGCUCUGAAGCAGUUGAUCUGCGAGCGACAGAUGGGACUCGUGAAGGACCGCGACGGACGGACUCCGCUGCAUCACGCGUACAUGUAAGUGAUUUUCUACGUCACACAUACAAGAAGCAACAAACAGGAAAAGGAAAUGGUCGUUUUCGCUUCCGCCUUCGGGCAACUUUGUCGCCAUGCAAAAACACUACUAAUCUAAAUCUGGGAAUAUUUUCCAGAAAACGCCGGAAAGAUCUCGUCGACUACUUACUCUACAUCUGCCCCGAAGCGGCCGACGUCAAGGACCGGGUAAGGAAGUGAUGAUAACGCGCUCCCAAAUCGGAUCACUUUCGACGUCUUCCAGACUCUCCCCUGUUUUUUCUCCUCCAAUUCGUAAUAGUAGUCGUCUUCCUAAUCGCAUCAUGUUCAAAUCCAUCCGGAGCCCAAAUUCUGCUUCUUUAGCACCACAAAACGCCCAUCGAGUACAGCCCGACGCCUCCUCCACAACUCGUUCUCGAGCCGACCACCACCGUCACCACCGACUUCUUGCUCACUAUUCCGAGAAGGGAACGCAGAGUGAGUAUCGUAAAAUGAAAACAAAGCAGUGCUCCAUGCUCCUCCUCGAAGCCCAACCUAAUUGUUCACACCUUUGCGCAGCGCAGUCAUCCGUCACUUCCUCCCGCCUUUCCUUCUCCUCUCUCUCUCCCUCUCUUUCCCGUUCUAAGAAGCUUUUCCCUCUUUUCCGAAAAUCCCAAUCGAUUUCAGCCGUCCCGCACCCAAAUCUUGCACAAAGAACGGUUCCAUCUGCCGCCCGAGGAGAAGUCGCCGACGCUCCGACAGCAGAAAUCGUCGGACAACAUGAGGUGA